AUGGAAAGAUUUGGUAAUGGAACAGAGGAUGGCAAAGAAUAUCUCAAGUACGAGAUUAAAAAUCCCGAAUUGUGGCAGUCCCUUACUGGGAAGUAUUCUCUUGUGGAACCUCCACGAAUGGUAAUAUAAACAUUUGGUUAAUUAUUUUGACCUCAUUGUUAUCUUACACAUGGCACAUACUUGUUCGAAAAAUACUUUACUGUAUACACGUAUGACAGAACUGUAGAUGUGUAUAGGAUUCAACAUACCUGAAGUCAACAACCUAACGAAGGUCCUUCGUAUAACUUCCUGGCGCAGGGUCUUCCCUCGCAACGUCGAAGUUUUCUUUGUAUUUUCAGGUAGUUGAAUCUCUAUCCAUCUGCAGUUCUCUGGUGUUUUUUAUGCUACUUAACGCUGGCACAGACCAUUUGAGUUUAUACAUGUAACAAUUUUACCAUUAUGAAUAAAAGUUAUUUUAUUUUCCAGUUACAGGGCAAUUUCCCUGACGCCAUCAGUCAGCUAUCAACUGAACCAUCUUCAGAUGAAGGAG